AUGAGCCGAGAGCCGCCGCCGGGAAUCCACUUCUGUAUGGAGGGUGGAGGAGGAGCGUGGGGGCGUUAUGCCGCGUACUUGCGUAACGUCGACGUGCUCUGUCAUCAGAGGGAGCCGCGGAAGGAUCCAAUUCAGUGAGUAAAGGCGGCACCCGGUGCUCUUCAAUCGGCGGAGACAGCUCAGUCCAGGGAGCAGCAGCCUUUACUGUGAGUGACUUUUUUUUUCUUUUUUAUUAAAUAGGUUUUGUUGAAGAGGUGCAGGAAUUUAAUUAAGGGGGGCAGGGGAUUGAUGAAGGGGUGGCAUGGAUUGCAUUAAUUGGCAGGGGAUUUAUUAAGGGGGCUGAUAAAGGGUGGCAGGAAACUGAAAAGGGGGGCAUGGGGCUGAUUAAAGGGGGCAGGUGGUUGAUAAAGGAGUGGGAGGGGAUUGAUGAGUAGAUCAGGGGGCUGAUGAAAUGGGGGCAGAUGGCUGAUAAAUAGGUGGGAGGGAAUUGAUGAGGGGGCAGGGGACUGAUGAAGGGGUGGCCAGGGGUUGGAUUAUUUGGCAUGGGAUGUAUUAAGGGGGCUGAUGAAGGGGAGCAGGGGGUUGAAAAGGGGGGCAUGGGACUGAUUAAAGGGGGGCAGGUGGGUGAUAGGGGUGGGAGGGUACUGAUGAGGGGGUCAGGGGGCUGAUAAAAGGGGGAGGGGAUUGGUGAGGGGGUCAGGGGACUGAUGAAUGGGGCAGAGGGCUGUUAAAGGGGUGGGAGGGGAUUGAUUAGGGGGUCAGGCGGCUGAUGAAUAGGGGCAGAGGGCUGAGUAAAGGGUGGGAGGGAAUUGAUGAGAGGGGCAGGGGACUGAUGAAGGGGUGGCAGGAAUUGAUAAAGGGGUGGGAGGGGAUUGAUGAAGGGUAAGGGGUGGCUAGGAGUUUGACGAAGGGAUGGCCAGGGCAUUGAUGAUGAAGGGGAAGGGGUGGCCAGGAGUUUGAUGAAGUGGUGGCCAGGGGCUUGGUGAAGAUCUGGCCAGGGAUUUUGGUUAAGAGGUGCAGUGGUUUUGUAGAAGGGGGUGGAGGCAACAGAUUGUGAAUGCUCCUAAAAUAGUUUGAAGGGGUCCAAACAGAGACAGGUGAGGGGGGGUGGGGGGGGACGCCACAAGAUUGUUUCGCACAGGGCGCCUGAACACCUAAGGCCGGCCCUGACUACAAUUCAGUGUUUAGUGAAUAAACUCGCACAAGAGACAUAUUUCCAAGAAGAAGACCCCCCAGCAGCCCAGAGCAGCCUGGCAUGUUCUCCCAGUCCUGGGCUGGCUAAUAAUUCCUAUAGAACUCAAAACCAAUAAGAUAUAGAAAAGAUGUAUCACUAGUAGCAUUCAGCCAAGAGCAGGAGACUCCUGGGUGCAAGAUUUCGUUAUAGCACCCCUGUUAGCCUGAUUUGAUUAACCAUUCCCCUUUAUAAGCAUUCCGUUUGUCUCUGCAUUCCAUAAUGUGUUUCUCCUAACCCCUUACUCCUUGUGUUUAUCUGAAGGGGGGGGGGGGGCAAGGGGGCAACUGUCACCAGCAGAGACUGGUUGAUGGUGUGCUCAUCCGACUCCGAUGUCACCAUAGUGGUCACUGAGCACAAGGAUAUUUUCAGGAUAUUUUUUAUAGUUCCUUUAUUUCCUCGGAGUAUGGGGUUACAUGACACCCCUGUUUAUAUAAAGCAAGUUCAACAACUCAUAUGCAGAGUAACUAAUUAUAACAACAUAAAAGAUAAUAAAAGAGUCUAAUUCUUUUUUUUUCUUUUAAUUUGACAAUUUUUAUUAAUGUUUUUCAUUGGGGUACAGAACGGAAAGGGGAAGUGGGAAAAAGGGAAAGUUUUUCUUUUCUUUGCAUGCAUUGGCUUUUUGGCACUGUACCAGUUAUGCAUUUAUACAUUUUCAUACAAGGCUAACACUUACAAGUCUAAUGCUUAUUUCUGUACAAACAUUGCAACGUUUCUCCUGAAGUUGUGUGUAGUCUUGCGGAUAAUGGCAUAUGUAGCUUUUGCCCCUUGUUUUGUGCCAUACCUCGUAGUUGCUUUAUUUAUAACUGUUAUUGUUACCUUGUUUGCAUGACCAUGUUGUGCAAUGAGCUUAUGCCUUACGGGCCUCAGCAUGUACCUUUUUUUUUUGGUGGUGUGUUGCCAUUCGCCCUUUUCCUGUCAGUCUGCUUAUGGGUUGUGGGGGUAUGGGGUACAGAAAAGAAAAAGGGUAAGGGUUAAAGGUAGGAUAACCUUGGUAAAACCAUUAACUAUGUUGCCCUUGUCGUCCGAUGCUUAAAUUAGUAGUGGUUUGUAUCUCUGGCUCCCAAGCCAUGUAUUCAUGGCAAAGUGGCUGGUGUGUGUGGAGCUUGGCGGUUUUGAUCAUGGCCCUAUUUGCUCAACUAUAUACAGCAUGGGUGUUCGCUCUUCCCUCUCCUCUCCAGGGGGAGCUUAUUUACGUGUUUUGAAAGUUAGCGUGUGUGUGUGGGUACCUCCUCCCCUCUGAGUUCCGUGCGUCCACUGUUCUAUGUAAAAGAGUCUCAUUCUAAACAUACUUCCUGGUUCCUGAGAGCUACCACUGUCCUUCAUGAGAUGCCCAAAAUGAACCUCCUGUGAAUGUGUAGGUGCGCCUCUUUUAAGCCUAAAUCACGUAUGCUGGGGGUUUAAUUAGCCCCUGGGACAAAAGUGAAUACAUCUCUGUAUUUGUAGAGUUUCAAGCAGAAACACAGCACAUACAAAUUCCUACCACCAUUACCUUUAUUUAUUUUUAUAAAUAAUAUUUUUUUAAAUAAAUAAUAACUUACUUUUACAAAACCCACGGGUUACCCCAUAGUAAGAAUUUUAAAAGAUUAUUCCAUUCGUUAGAUCUUUGUUAGAUCAUGUUAGAUAAACAAUUUUUUUCAUUAGAUCUACUCUGAAAUAUGCAAUAUUCAUCAUUUGGGGGGGGGGGGGAGGGGGGCUAACCCGUAGCCAGCACCCCUCAACAAAAAUUUGUACAAAAGGUUAUUUAUUGAUUAUGAUAGCUCUGCAUUAAAUCAGGUUUGAUUAGGCACGUUAACCCCCCACCCCCCCUUAUAACUGAAAUUUGGGGAAUAAAUAUUGAUUUUGGUAGAGAACAGUUGAUUAAACCUGAUCUAACACAUAUCUACCAAAAUCUGCACAUUUUGUCCGAAUUUCAGUUAAAGGAUCACUAUAGUGUCAGGAAAACAAACUCUUUUUUUGACACUAUAUAACCCUUAGGUCCCCCCCCACCUUUAGGGUCCCCCUCCCUUGGUGCUCAAGGGGUUAAAACCCCUUCAGCCACUUACCUUUAUCCAGCGCCGGACUCCCUCGGCACUGGUGACCUCUCCUCCCCCGCCAACAUCAGCUCCCGAGUGGAGCGGAAUGUGCUCUCCCCCCCUCCCUUGAAAAUGAUUGUUAAUAUUGCAUAUUUUAGAGUAGAUCAAACUAAAAAAAACAUUUGAUCUAACCUGAUCUAACAAAUGGAAUAGUCUUUUGUUAAAUUUCUUAAUAUGAAGGGGCUAACCCGGUUGUGGUUACUUUUACUGGUGCAAGCAGAAAUUUAACUUUCUUAUACACAUGGGAUUUUUUUUUUUCAUAAAGCUGCAAUUUGUAUAAUCUUGCAAUCCCAAAUUGCUAAUUUUGUGGAAAAUACAGCCAAGUUAUUAGUAUAAAAGUCCUGGAGAAUUGGUUCUACUUGACUGUUUCUCCUUAUACAGACACCACAAUUCACUAUUUGGUGAAUGAGCCCCACUGUGUUGCAUAAUAAUAACCUCCUUGUCUCAGUUGCACAACCCCAGAGAGCAGCUGUAAGAGUCUGUGCCCUCCCCUGAGACAGGGAGAAUUGCAGGGAGAGAUGUCAUGUGUCUAAGUAAAUGGCCUAAUCGAGCUGUUGGGAAACUUGUGUGUCUCAGUGGCUUUGACUCUGCCACUGAGUGAGUGGUUUUUGUACAACACAGAAUGGGUGUCACAGGUUCCAUUGGGAGGGGUAUUGUCCAGAAGGGAUGAUCUAUGGAAGAAAUGAAGAGGAAGGGAGUUUAAUCAUGUUUCUGCUUGUGAAGGUGAAUCACAGGUCUGCCUUGGAAUUCACUGUAACACACAUUGACUGAUCAGGAAGUGUAACAAGUUACUUGGACACAGCCAGCGAGAGUCAGCUUCACUGCCAAGACGGUAGGUACAGUCCUUGUAUAUACAGCCAUAUGUGAUCUCUGGGUCCCCACCUGCAUGAUACAUUGUCCCCUUAUUUCCUCUCAGUAUCCUUACUUCAAGGUCCUUCUACCUUGUCCUGAAAGAGAAUGAAUUAGUGAUUUAUAUAUUAUUAUUAUUUUUUUUUUAAACAUUGCUGGCAUUUUUAGAGAUAAUUAAAUAUAAAUGCAGGAUACACAUACAACUAUUGGAAUUUUUAAAUGUUUUUAGAAUUCUCUAUGCUUUGUAGAUAUAAUGGUGAUGAAGUAUCUGUGUUCUAUAAAGUGAUCUAAAAUUAUUAAAUGUGGAGCAGUCGCCAUGGAAACCAGUGCACUGAACAAGCUCAUGUUUACUAUUUUUAUUUAUUUUUUUGCACCACUUUUUAGAACAGAACUUUGAUAAAUCUGCUCCAUGUGUAAAAAACAAAAACAACAAAACACCUUUUUCUGCUAAUUCUUGGAAAGUAAAGGAGAGAAACAUGUGCAGUGUGUGUUACUGAUGUGGUAUUCCCUUAUGUAUGUGUAAAACUAAAUAAAAACAAUUUACACUAGAUGCUUAGAAAACAACAAAAAAAAAACAAACAUAAAAUGCAGAUUAUGUGCAGAGGAAAUUAUAUACAAAUUUUAUCCCCAUAUUCAGUGUUUGUACUGCAGGUGCAUUUUAAAUGGCCGCUUAGCUCUGAUCUGUAAUUUAUUUAUUUAUUUAUUUUUUUAUCACAUGUUUAAAUAUACAAAAUAACACAGACUGGUUUGUUGCUUGUUUUUUUUGUUUGUUUUUUUUCUGUCGUUGUGUGUUUCUUUUUUAAAUAUUUUUUUUUUUUGAGGCAUUACAAACCUGACUGGAAAUUCAUAUUCGCUUAAAACACAGACUUCUUUACUAAAGCAAAAAUCAAAAGUGAAUUCACCGCGUGUUUCGCAUUUAAGACCAAAGUAAUUGAUUUGGAAGCAUAGCUGACUUAGAGAAUUUUUCCAGUUUGGCUAAUAUGGCCUUAAAUUUGAAAUUCACUGUGUAUCACUUUCUAAAUAUGUGAACUUUUGCCUCGUCAAUAAACAUACUUUCUAUUUCGAAUUGAGCUAGCUCACUGAUUUUUAUUACAUUAACUGUGCUUGUAAAUGCCAUUAAUACGGACAAGUUUAGCCUAAAGGUUUCAAUGUGGGUUUUGCUGGCGUCAAAUAGGGUGUGUGAACAGUUUUCACUUUAACAGCCACUGUUGACUGCAGAUUGAGCCUUUGAAAUCCUUCAUAGAUAACAUCCCUAUCACAAAUGUCUCAUUGCCACAAUGGCCACAGGCAGCUAAGCUUGAUCUAGAUCAGACUUCCCCAAACUCCGGCCCUCCAGAUGUUGCCGAACUACAACUCCCAUGAUUCCAUGAAUUAAAUCUGCUAAGAAUCAUGGGAGUUGUAGUUCGGCAACAUCUGGAGGGCCGGAGUUUGGGGAAGCCUGAUCUAGAUGGAUGGCUGGUUCAGGAACAAAUUAAUAGUCCUCUAAAUUUAAUAUUUAAUUAAUAUCUAACUGUGAAAAAAGGUUUACCUGGUUGCCCUGUCCUAGCCGUUGGGAAAAGAAUGUGUUAACUAUAAUAUCAGACAGAAUAAAAUAGAUCAAUGCACUAACUGUGACAGGAAUGGAAUGGUGGACGUGCCAGGUAGCCAACUAGCCCAGGUGUUCUGGCAACCUCCUACAGUAAAUAGUCAAAUAACUGUUUGAUAACAGCGAGCAAUUACAAGGAAAGGGGGAAAGUGCCUUCCAAGGUAGAAAAACAGAAGCAAGGUAGACAAAGCUUAAAGGGACACUAUAGUCACCCAGACCACUUCAGCUCAAUGAAGUGGUCUGGGUUCCAGGUCCCUCAGGUUUUAACCCUGCAGAUGCAAACCUAGCAGUUUCAGAGAAACUGCUAUGUUUACAUUUGGGGUUAAGCCAGCUUCUAGUGGCUGUCUUCCGGACAGCCACUAGAGGUGCAUCUGCGACACUGGAGGCAUAUUAUGCCUCCAUCGCGCAGAGCGUCCAUAGGAAAUCAUUGAGAAAUGCUUUUCUAUUGACAGCUUGAAUGUCGUUGGCGAGGGAUGAGAGGUCACCAGCGCCGAGGGAGCCCGGCGCUGGAUUAAGGUAAGUGGCUGAAGGGGUUUUAACCCCUUCAGCGCCACGGAAGGGGGCACCCUCAGAGUACUAUAGUGUCAGGAAAACCACUUUGUUUUCCUGACACUAUAGUGAUUCUUUAAAACAGGCUUCCUCAAACUCCGGCCUUUCAGAUGUUGCUGAACUACAACUCCCAUGAUUCUCAGCCUAUCUAUUUCAUUCAUAGAAUCAUGGGAGUUGUAGUUCAGCAAUAUCUGGAGGGCCAGAGUUUGAGGAAGCCUGAAAAGUGCCCCUGCACCCCCCCAUACAUAUAUUUAAUAUAAUUGUAUGCUUAACACAAUGUUAAGUAUGAAUACAAUGACAAAAAUGGGAAAAAAUAAAAGAUACACAUUUUUGCUUAUAAUAAUUUUACACAAAAGAAAAAGAACACCCAAUAGAUUCACAUAACAUCCCUAAUUUUUUUUUGUUUUAAAUGUCUAGGAUCUAAUUUUGUUUUAUGGUGGCUAACGUUAACCAUAUGCAACUCCCUCCCCCACCCCCCCUCCUAAACUCUAAAGGUAUACCUACCCUAACCUUAACACUACACUAUACCUAAGUCUAAAACAUAAUUAACCCUAACCCAGCAUUAAACCCUUACACUAACCCUACACCUAGUCCUAAUCUAAUAUUGCCCCUAUCCCUAAUGGAUAUCGUCCAGAUAAAAUAUAUGCUAAAGCUAAAACAGUUUAAUUUUCUGCUGCCCGAUAUGUUGUCUCUGCCGAUCAAACUGUGACCAGUGUCGGGUAGUUAUUAUUUAUAAAAUAUUUUACCAGGAAAGAUACAUUGAGAUUCCUCUCGUUUUCAAGUAUGUCCUGUUGGCAAAUAGGCAAUGCAGGAAGGCUCUGAAAAGACCCUGACAAUCUCCGUCUGAGUGCUGGCAUGAUCAGUCAGUGUGGCGGAGUGCAACGGUGCUCAGCCCGUGGUGCUUUAAGCGCUGCAUACAGCUAAUCUGUCAGUCUGGGGCCAAUAAAUAUAGCCCCAGCUGAUAGAGGGGGGCCAUGGUAUACCUUUAUACCUGGAUUUCCCUGGUGUGAGCAGUUGUUUAACCCUGCUCACACCAGAAUGUUAGAACGUUCCUGUGUUCCUAAUGGCGUUAAUGCUCACUCUGUGGAGGAUGGCAUGGAUUUAACCCUGCUCACACCAGACUUUUAAACAGGGGAUUUGAAAUCUCCAUUUAAUGAGCUCAAUUUGAGCAAUGCAUACUGCUCUUUUGUAAGAUUGGGGACACUAAAUAUGGCCCCAAUUGACAGGAUUGAUUGAUACCUGGGUCUCCCUGGUGUGAUCAGAACUCGAACACCGCUCACACCAAAAUGUUUCCUGCCUUCCUAAUGGCGUUAAUGCUCAAUCUGUGGAGAAUAGCAUGGAACAUUGGGUUAUGGCUGCAAAGCCUUUCAACCUACCCUUACACCUCUCAAAACUGAAAUUUCCUUACAUCACAAUUGCUAUAACUUAGCAAUACUCUGUCUAUUAUUUAUCCUUUAUUUCUCAGUAAGGAACUUUUUUAUUUUAUUUUAAAUUGUACAUGAGAGAGCACUGCAAGUCAUUUGAAAGAGUCUGCACACAUUUUUUUUUAAAGUAUUGAGUCAAUAGAGUAGUACUAAGCAGGCUAGUAGACCUAUAAUAUGACAGACACGGAUAUUCCAAAUAUUAGAAGAGGCCCUUAGAGCAUUGUAGCGUUUCAAGUUACACAGACAGAGUGUUAUCAAACGGCAUUGAUCAGAGGAGUCAGAAAUUUUAAGCCCAAAAGGAACAAUAACCAUAAACCUAAACAAACAGUACAAUGGAUAUCGACCAUGGCCACGCCAAGUCAGGCAACGUUAAUCAUAAUAGGGAGAAUAAUGCCAGCUUGCAGGAGUCCAAGUCCUCCUCUCUGGAGCCUAGCAGAAUGUCGGUUCGGCAGAGCAGUUAUCAGCAUGAGCCCGCUCGUAGGCCGUGGUAGCACCAUAGUGGAGUGUAGCGAUUGAACCCAGAUGUCUCUCUAGGAUGCCAGUCUUUUGGGAUAGUGCAGGGUGGGUCCCCACCUAAGCUGACUUGUAGCUAGGUUGGAGAGUGUGUUUUAUAGAGGCUGUAGUGUAUGAGAGGGGCUAUAGAGCGCAAGUGUGAGUGUUUACAGAGGAUGUCUAUAAGGGAUCUAGAGUGUGCAUAGGCAAUACAUAGUGUGCGUAUGGGAUGUGUUUGUGUAGGUGAUGCAGUGUGUGGCUAUGGGGGAUCUAAGGAAUCAAGUGAGUGCAUGGGGCAUCCAUUGUGUGUGAGUGGCGCAGUGUGUGUGUGUGUGUGUGUGAAUGUAAUGUGCCUGUAUUGUAGGGGGGGUGGAUGAAAGUGGAGCAGUUUAAUAAAUAUCUUGAAGUGCAAGUUAGAGCCUCCCUGGUCCUCGCUCUGCUCCCCUAUCCUGCUGAUCCCCACACCGGCCGUGAAUACACAAAGCAGGGCCAGCGCUGGCUCUGCAUGUGCUGGUAUUGAAGAUCAAAGAAUGGGCCUGGUAUCUAUUCUGCAAAAGCAAUAUACAACGUGCACGUUCCCAUCAGCUGUUAAUUUGGUAUAACGGAACAUUCCAAGCACCAUAACCACUACACAAAGCUGUGGUAGUUAGGGUGCCAGGAUUACCCUGGCACCCGCCGAUAUAAGCAAUCAAAAUGUUUGGAAAUAGUUUUACUUUUUACCUAGACCCAUCAGACGCUGAUCCCCAACUCCUCUGCGGCUAGAUGUGAGAGCUAUGGUGCUUGGAAGUUCCUGUAAAACCCAUAACCCUUUCUUCAUCUUUCAUCAUUUGUUUGUGUUGCAAUUUCACUGAAAAAUUGAAAAACGCAAAAGCUAUAGUGUUGCUAUUUUUUGUGCCAAGGAGAAAAUAAGGAAGAAUACAGCACAGUUCAUGAUUCACAUUAAAGGAAAUUACUCAUAGAGGAAAUUAGCCCAUAUUGAGAAUUCACAAAAAAAAUUCAUGUAAAUUUUGAUUUCCUAGCGAACUGGAAAUAUGGUGUAUAUUGGCAUCUCAGAGAUUUUAAUUAUUCAUUUUCAGAUUAUUGGAUAUUAAACGUGCUGUAAAUAAGUACUGGGAGCCAGUAGCAAUUUAAAGAAUAAGAAUUAGACUGUUGCCAUUCUGGGAGUGGAAUGUUAAACCUAUCAUUCAAAGUUCACUGAAAGCCGAGGUCAGCAAAUUCAACUUAAGUUUCAUAUUGAAUGUGCAAUAAUUUAGGAAAAACAGGAGAUGCUUUACUUUAAUGAAGGUUUUCUGAGGAGUUCAACUUAAUCAGCUAAAUUGCAUACCACCCAAGUGUCACUAUUUAUAAGGGAACAUUCCCUAUUUAGGGCCCAGAACCCUUGGUCCCUCUUUCUUUUCUAGGAGCUUCAUAAUUUUGGAGUGUAUAACAGAGCUCCACAGCAAUAAUACUCCCAGUAAUGUGUCUUUAUACAGCAAUAAAUGUGUUUAGAAAUCAGUCUACGUGUAACUAUGAUACAGUGUUCUUGUUCUAAAUUACAUUUUAGUUGCAGGAUAUUAGAGUCGUCUAAAAUAUAUCCAAACAUCCGCCCUUGGCCAUACCCCCACUCACACCCUUAAAAUGAAAGUGCGCCUCUUUUGAAACGUUAGGAGGUAUGAAUAUAUAAAGAGCAGUAAAAACAAAAAAAUAAAGGAGGAGUAUAGAUGGAAUAUGGAAAAAAAUGUCAAUUUCCGCUUAACUGUGGUUAUUUUGCCACAGUAUUUUAACGAUUUCAAUAUAUGCAUUUUCUGAUAUCAAGUGAUCUAGCGCAUAGAUGUAAAUAAUAAAAGCAUAUUACUGCACCUCUUAAUUAUGUAUCAAUUUUCUGUUUUAAAUUGCUGAAAGUUAAAAAAGAAUUAGCACAUCACAAAAUUAAUUAGGUUACUGUGGUUUUUAAAAUGUUCAUUGAAUUUUUUUUUUUUUUUUUUUACUUUAUUUUAGGGUAAGAAAAUAA